GGUAGGUCAUACUUCUUUGUCUGACCAGUGGAUGGAAAUGAUGGUGACUGCUGGCUUCACUGCUGUAUUGAAAAAAUUGACCCCAGAAUAUCCUGACCAUGUUAUCUGUGCUGCCCUGAGUACUGUCAAUGCCCUAGUCAAAUACAGACAUUUGGCUAUAUUGCUUAUUGACCAGGGUAUGCCACUUGUGAUGGGAGCCAAAGAUUUAAGCCUAGAAACUGAGGAAUUAUUCCCAGAAAUUUUGUCCAACCUGGUGCUGCACACAGAUCACACUCGUGCUCAUGUGCUUGAUGCUGAUGCUUUGCCCAUUAGUACACACAUGAUAAGGAAUGGACCAUGUGGCUCCCAAAAACAGGCCCUGUUAUUUCUGCAUGCACUUUGUCAAAGUUCCUAUGGCCUAACAGCAUUCCUGGAGGAUGACAUGGUGCCAUUUGUAAUGGGCAGCAUGACAGAAUCUCAUUGCAGAAAAGUAAGAGAGGCAGCAAGCAGAGUGGUGGUAACUUUAACAUCGACAAAGAAAAUCGCUCUCCUAAGAUCAACAUUUCUGCAACUGAAUAAAUAUUUCCGCAGUGACAGUGAAGAACUUGCAGAGCUAGAUGACAAUGUUACUGCUCCCCAGGCCAAGCCCACCACCCCUGAACCUGUUAAACAGAAGACAGAAACUACAGCCAAGGUGAACCAGGCAAUUCAGCAAAUGGCCAAGUGUUCUCUAUAUUUACUUUGCAAAGAAGCUCGAAUAGAAAUGGAUCCUCACAAAGAAGUGCAAGCAGUUCUUCUAAAGCCUUGCAUAGACACAGAUCCCACUCUGGUAGGGCUGGUGCAGAAUCAUGUCAACAUCAUAGCUAACUUGGCCACGUUUCCACUAAACAGACCAAAGACUACCACAUCUGAAGAACCCACUGUGGUAGAUGUGGGAGAUUUUAAGAAAAAGCAAAGGAAAGUUAACCACAGUGUAGUGAAAGUAUUGAUAGCAUCUGGAGCGUUGUGUCUCAUAGACUUACUUUAUGCCUAUACAUCCAAGCUCUUAGAGCCAAAAGUUCUUAAUCAUAGCAGCCCUCCAAAGAGUAAUGGGCAGUCUCCCAAUGGACAGAGCAGGGUGAGAGUCAAAGGUACACCUCCAGGCAAGAACAGUGUCCAAGGAAUCAAAAAGACAUCAUCUCUUCUCUUGAAUCCAAGGUGCAAUUUUAAAGAAAUUUAUGAAGAGAGUGAACAAGGACUUAUUAUAUCCCUUAUUUGUGCAAUUAAACAUUUUGCAGAAUGUUCAUCCACAACAUGUUUUAACAGCAUAGAAGAGGAGAUAAAGCUUAAGAUGCUCAACCAUAAAUUAAAAGCCACUUGUAAAGCUAAAGGAUUUCUGAACAAUGCACAAGCUGGAGCUGACGACCCAGGAUAUCCAACCCAAGCAUGGGCUCCAGUGACUUCCAACAGGCCUUCCAGUAGAGGUCCUACAGCCAGGCCUCUGACGCCACAACAAACCGCGGAUGUUUUUGGCAGAUUGAAAGAAAAAACAAAAGAUUCUCUGAGAAAAAUGCAGAGACCCAGCAUUGCAGAUAAAGUUUGGGAUCCUAAGAACCCUUUUCUCUCCUGCACUCUACAUAGAGACCCCUUAGUUACACUGGAGCAGGAGUAUAAUGAGAGGAUAAAAAGAGAGAUGGACUUGAUGAGAUUGAACACUAGAAAAAUGUUAUUUCAGAGGGGAUGUUUGGAAGCUGUGGGACCAUGGUUAAUUGCAAAUGAAGUUGAAAUUUUGGAACCAGUCGGAGAUAUCUUAAGGUACAUGAUACAGUCAUUAGGAGAGAAACAUCUUCCUCACCCACCAACAGAUAAGAGAACUGACAGAAUGUCCAGAACUAGACCUGUGUCAGCUACAACACCCAAGGAUCAAGAAGUGGUUCUGAACAAAGCUCUAAAACAGAUGUCAUCUAAGGUUGCUGAAAUGGUUAGAGAAGCACUAGGUCCAAGAGCUGCAUUUUCUCCAUUGUCAAAACUCAUUGAACCAUCAGCAAAACUACGGCCAUCAAGUGCAAAGGCGGUAAUGAUGACAGAAACACCCAAAGCAGGGCAAGCUCCGAAACAACCGAUUUCAUGGAAGCCAAGUUUUGAUCUUUCCCAAACUGUUGUACAGCAGUGCCAAAGGGGCCUAGUGUUGAAAAUUGGACCUUAUAUAGUGCAAGGUCUUACAAGCAGGCACAAGGCUGUCAGGAAGACAUGUGUGUUCUUUAUGAAGGACCUAGUUGAACUUGAAGAUACAUGGAUACUAAUGCAACUUUCUCAUCUUGGGGUGAUGAAAAAAAUGGUCGACUUCCUUAGGGUAAAUGAUGAUGAUGAGUUACUGGAAGUUAUGGGAUUGAUAGUGGCAAGGAUGCUGGUGAGUAGUGAUGACAGGCUUGGGCAGUUAUUUGAUACACAUGGGGGUCCAACUCUCCUGAUGUCAAUGGCAAGGAGGACCACUGGAUUACUGAGAGAUGAGGUGGGGCAGACACUGAAGUCUGUUACGCAUGGUCUGAAGAAGCAAAAGUACAAGCAGUUACAAAAAGGUACACAGCACCCUCAGAAAGCAGACAUUUGGGAUCAGGUUUUUCAAAAAUGGCAGGAACAAGACAGAGUAACACAAAUAUUCCAGAGGCCAUACAUCUCACCUCAGCAUCAGGUUUUAUAGAAACCACAAC